AUGCACACUGCUCCUGAGAUCUCACAAGAUUCCAAAGAGCUCUCCGAAGAUUUGCACUUAGAAAACUGGGAUAAGCGUCUGGAGGAGGCGCGCUCGGCGCAGUCGGGGAGGAAGUCCGGAGCCAGGGGCCCCAGUGCCGCCGCCGCCGCCCCCUCCUGCCACCUGUCCAGCCUGGGAGCCCGCGGCGCCGGCGGCGGCCGCCGAUGGAGUUCACUUGAGCUGGGAGCUGGCGGGAGAGGCAGGCGCCCGCGAGCGGAGCGCUGGCGGGAGCCCAGCCAGCCCCGGGCGCUCCCCGCCGCCCGCCCUCCGCCCGCGAGCUCCGGCCAGGAGGCGCCGUCGGCCCCGCGCAGCCCGUCCGGCUCCCCGGCCGCUGCAGCCCUCCGGCGCCGCGCCCGGAGAGAUCGGCCCCGAAUAAAGACUCCCGGAGCGUCGGCCUCCAGCGCCUCGGCGGCGGCGGCGGGACCAGGACCACUCCGCGCGCCGCGGCCGCGGCUCGGGCCGCUCCUCUCCGCCUCACCCGGCCGCCGGCCCGCCCGGGAACGCUGCUCGGGUCCCCGCCGUGCCCGGCCGACCCGCGCGCCGCAGGAGCGGCCCGGAGGCAACGGGCGGGCGCGGACCGGGCGCUCCCCCAGCCGCCCGCCGCCCGCGCCCGGCCUCGGCCGCGCUGGAUGUGUGCGCGGCGCUGGCGCUCGGCCGCCGCCGGCUGCUGCUCUCGUACGGAUUUGGGUCCCGUGCAUCCGCUUUCAGACUUUCGCGAGGAACCGAGGAGAGACUUGCGGACGCAGCCCGGUCGGAGUUGGGCGUUUUCUCUUCGUGUGUUUGGCUGGUUUUUACCCUGGUCUCUGCCCAUCCCCCAUCGUGAGUCCUGCUAAGGAACCAAACCACGAACUUGGGGCUGACAGGACCGCUUUAACCCUUUGCAACCAGGCAUCAGAUGCCAGCUCUGAAAAACUCUUCAAUACUGUUAUUGUAAACAAAGAUCCGGAGUUAGGUGUUGUCACGCUCCCGGAACAUGACAGCCAGGAUGCAGGGCCGAUUGUCCCCAAGAUAUCGGGUCUAGAGAGAAGCCAGGAGAAGAGCCAGGACUGUUGCCAAGAGCCGAUCUUUGAGCCCCUGGUGCUUAAAGACCCCUGCCCUCAGGUCCCUCAGCCGCUGCCCCAGGCCCAGGCGGAGCCCCAGCCACGAGCUCCUUCUCCAGACCCCGACCUGGUGCAGCGCACAGAGGCCCCGCCUCAGCCCCCACGUCCAAGCACACAGCCACCACAGGCGCCCCCAGAGGCCGAGCGUCAGCCCGCCCCUCAGCCUCCAGUGCAGAGGCCACCGAGGCCGCAGUCCCCUGCCCAGCUCCUCCACCAGAGCCUCCCGCCCGUGCAGGCCCACCCCUCGUCCCAGAGCCUCUCCCAGCCAUUGUCAGCCUACAACAGCUUUAGCUUAAGCCUCAACAGCUUAAUCAGUAGCAGAAGCGGCACUCCAGGGAAGACUCAGCCCGCCCCUCCUCACAUCUCUCAUCGCCCCUCGGCCUCCCCGUUCCCCCUUGCACUGCCCAACCACAGGCCCCUGCACAGCUUCACGCCCACCCUCCAGCCCCCCGCACACUCACAUCACCCCAAUAUGUUUGCCCCUCCCACGGCUUUGCCUCCUCCACUGCCUCUGACUUCAGGGAGUCUGCAGGUCCCCGGACACCCAGCUGGAAGCACUUACUCAGAACAAGACAUCUUGCGACAGGACCUGAACACGUGUUUUCUGGCCUCUCAGAGCGCUGACCGUGGGGCGUCCCUGGGCCCUCCGCCCUACCUGCAGACCGAGUUCCACCAGCACCAGCACCAGCAUCAGCACACGCACCAGCACACCUUCACGCCGUACCCCCGCCCCGCCAUCCUGCCCACCGCCAUCAUGCGGACGCCAGCACCUCCCAUGCUCUUCCGUUCCUACCCUCCUGCAGUAUGGGGCAUCCCCCCUAUGAUCCCACCCACUGGCCCUUUUGGUUCACUACAAGGAGCAUUUCAGCCGAAGACAUCCAACCUUAUCGAUGUUGCUGCUCGACCCGGGACAGUCCCACACACUCUGUUCCAAAAGGACCGGAGGUUGACAGAUCAUUUCAGAACUAUGUUAAGGAAACCAGGGAAGUGGUGUGCUGUGCAUGUUCACAUCGCCUGGCAGAUCUACCACCACAAACAGAAAGUCAAGAAACAAAUGCAGUCAGACCCACAUAAGCUGGACUUCGGAUUGAAACCCGAGUUCCUGAGCCGCCCCCCGGGUCCCAGCCUCCUUGGAGCCAUCCACCACCCCCAUGACCUGGCCCGGCCUUCAACUUUGUUCUCUGCUGCUGAGCCUUUUAACCGACUGUCUACAUUCACUGGCCUCACAGCUGUUGGUGGCAAUGCCUUCGGAGGACUCGGAUCUCCUUCAGUUACACCGAACUCAAUGUUUGGCCACAAUGAUGGCCCCAGUGUGCAGAACUUUAGCAAUCCUCAUGAACCCUGGAACCGGCUACACCGAACGCCUCCAUCGUUCCCCACCCCUCUGCCCUGGCUGAAGCCAGGGGAGCUGGACCGUAGGGUGCCUGCUGCAACUCAGGACAGAGAUAGAGAUGUAGAUAAAUGAGACUCAUCUGUUAGUAAAGAUGACAAAGAAAGGGAAAGCGUUGAGAAAAGACACUCCAGCCACCCUUCACCAGCACCUAGCCUCCCGGUGAGCACCCUGGGACAUAACUGUAGCUCCACUGAAGAACAGAUCAGGGGUCAUUUGAACACUGAGGCUCGCGAGAAAGACAAAUCCAAAGAGAGGGAGAGAGACCACUUGGAAUCCCGCAAGGACCUGACCGCCGACAAGCACAAGGCAAAGGAGAGUCACCUGCCCAAGAAGGACAGCCACGGCCACGAGGGGAGAGCCGUGGGUGAAGAGGCCAAGCAACUGGCCCGGGUGCCAUCGCCCUAUGUGUGGACCCCCGUCGUGGAGAGCGCCAGGCCCAACAGCACCUCGGGCCGCGAGGCUGAGCCGCGCAAGAGCGAGCCGGCCUACGAGAACCCCAAGAAGAGCUGGGAGGUCAAGGUGAAGGAGGAGCACAAAGAAGACCACGACCUGCCUCCGGAGGCCCCGCAGACCCACCGGUCUUCGGAGGCGCCUCCUCCAAACUCCUCGUCCAGUGUGCACCUGGGGCCCCUGGCGUCGAUGCCCAUGAUGGUGGGGGUGACGGGCAUUCACCCCAGGAACAGCAUCAGCAGCCUGGACAGGACUCGCAUGAUGACUCCUUUCAUAGGCAUCAGUCCCAUCCCGGGCAGAGAUCGGUUCCUGUACCCUUCUUUCCAUUGGGACCCCAUACGGGACCCUUUGAGGGAUCCCUACCGAGAACUUGACAUUCACUGGAGAGACCCGCUGGGCAGGGACUUCCUGCUGAGGAACGACCUUCUCCACCUAGAGAGACAGCUGUACGAAGCCGAUCGCUCCUUCAGGAACAGGGAGCCUCACGACUACAACCAUCACCACCACCACCACCACCACCCUCUGUCCGUGCACCCUCGGCGGGAACACGAGCGCGGGGCGCACCUGGACGAGCGGGAGCGCUUGCACAUGCUCAGAGAAGACUAUGAGCACACGCGGCUCCACUGGGUGCACCCCGCCUCCCUGGACGACCUGCCGCACCCCAGCCUCAUCACCCCAGGGCUCCCCAGCAUGCACUACCCCCGGAUCAGCCCCACAGCGGGACACCAGAACGGACUGCUCAACAAGACCCGUCCGACGGCCGCGCUGAGCGCGCCCCCGCCGCUCAUCUCCACGCUGGGGGGCCGCCCCAUCUUGCCCCAAAGGACUACUCCUCUGUCGGCAGAGAUGAGGGAGAGGCCUCCUUCCCACACUCUGAAGGAUAUUGAAGCUCGGUAAGGAGAGAAGGACCCGAGAGAGGAAGGAGAAGCUCUACACCAACACGAUGCAGACUUGAGAGAGAGAGAGAGAGAGAACGGACCGCUCACAGACUGGGAGCCACGUGCCCCUGCCUCCUCCCCUUGUAAAAAGUGUAUAGACUCAGUGCAGAUUUUGAAAUGGUUUUUGUAUAUUAUAUGUUGAAAUUUUUCAGAUCUUUUAGCCAAGUCCUAUGUUCUCAUGUCCCCAACUCCUUUGGUUUCUCCUAUAAAACUUUUUUGAUUUGAACCAAAACAGUGAAGAUGACAGACACACACCGACGCGGCGGUAACUGGGGAGAGAGCAACAGCAGGUGCACACGAGGCAGCUUGCGGGUCUCCUUCGGAAGGAAGGGAAGGCCGUGUACAUAGUUAUGUAAACAAAAACAAAAACAAAGACAAAAAAACCCCACAUUGCUUCGUGAGCUAAUGGUUCAUAUAUGCAAAGGGUAAGAUGAAAGCUUUACUUUGUACAAAUAUAAAUAGGUAAAGAGUUAAGUAACAUAAUACAUUAAUACUUCUUAAAAUGUGCUAUUUGCAAACUUAAUAUGAGCAAGCGCGGUCAGCUGCAGCUGUGUUCCCAUAUAUCGUUCUAGACAGCUAAACCUUCAACUAUGCAAUGAAUGUUAGGGCUUCUCUCGAAAGCCCUCCUGACUCAAAGGAGCCUUUUCAAAUCCAUUUACAACAUACUUAAGGUCAUAUUUUCCCUGAACAAGUGCUUACGUGAUAUGACUCUGUUUUCCUUGCUUGCUUUUUCAA